GGCUGUCCGACCAUAAGCCAACCAUGGCAGAUGGAGAGGGUUUUGUGGUGCGUAUUCGUGGCCUUCCCUGGUCUUGCGCAGUGGACGAAGUGUCAAGAUUUUUCUCUGGUAAGAGAACCUGGCUACUUAUAUUGUUCAAUGAAAAUUAGCCUCUAAGGAAGUCUGACCUGAUUUUUCAGAUGUCUAAAUUGGUAUAAUUAUAUUCCAGAUUGUAAAGUUGCAAACAACGGCACAAGCAUCCAUUUCACAUACACUCGUGAGGGCAGGCCAAGCGGAGAGGCCUUCGUAGAGCUGGAGUCGGAGGACGACCUGAAGAUUGCCGUCAAGAAAGACAGAGAGACCCUGGGUCACAGAUAUGUGGAAGGUAUUCAUUAAUAAGGUUUUGUCUCCCUGUGCCAAUAGUGUCUUUUAAGGUGAUUGUGCCAACAUUAUGUUCUGAUAUAGGAUUAGAUGCCAAAGAAUCCUCACGUUCAGUUUUUUCUCAGUAUUCAAAUCGAACAAUGUGGAGAUGGACUGGGUCAUGAAGCACACCGGUCCAAACUGCCCAGAGACUGAGGGGGACGGGCUUGUGCGGCUGCGUGGCCUUCCCUUCGGCUGUAGCAAGGAGGAGAUUGUCCAGUUCUUCUCAGGUGUGUUUGGUGCCCUUUUCCUCCACUCUGAUUAAUUCUUAAGCCUGUCACAUGAAGCAAAACAAAUGCAAUUGAAAUUGCAUGCAACAUCCAAUCUUGUCAUACAUCAUGGUUUCAUAAAUGAUUUGUUUAUCCAACUAUUUGGUCAUUGUAACAUUAUCGAUAUAGACAAAAUGCUGGAUUCAAUUUAGCUAGCUAGACAAAAUGUAGCCUAUUUGCUAACCAUGUUUUACCACGCUAGCUAGCUAACCAAGCUAGAAACGAGCUUAGCUAGUGCAGUUCAUGUUGGACAAUUUCAGUUGAAACUGGACAGAAUGGUCUGGGUUCACUAUUCAAAUUGUAUUUAUUGACUGCAGGACCAUCUACAUAAACCAUGAUGACUAACCGUGAUGUCUAGAAUGUUUUAUACAUUUCCCAUUUGGCAAGUCUCAUCAUUUGCGGAUUGUAGCAGCACUGACAGCUGUAGACAUGACAACUGGGUCGGCGUUGCGAACGGAAUGAUAUGACUAGUCAUGUAAAAGUUUCUCUGCUCACUGAUUGGACAUUAAGUACAGUAGGUUAGAUUUUUAUCUCUUGCAAUGCAAGUGUGACACACUGAGCAACACAUAUGCUACUUUUUAGCAAGCAACAUAAAUUGCAUCCGAUUGCUUCAUUUGACAUAUGCUUUAAGAUAAUCACCCUUAGUUGAUAUGAACAUGGCUUUGAAAAUACACUGCCCGUAGUUCAAGAUUUGGCUGAAGGAAAACUCUAAUCUCAAAGUCCUCUUGACAUUGAAUUGGCAUCUGAACUCUUUGAUAUGAGCAUACUUCACCAUGAUAGUCAAUCAGAACUGAGACAGAUUAGAUUCAAGAUGGAUACUACUUUUUUUUUUUUUUGAUGAUUCUUAAAGUAACUGUCCAGUGAGAAUCUCACUUUUUAAAAGCUCAUGUGUUAAUUUUAUUUGUGGCCAAAAGCAUAUAUAAUUAAAAAAGCACUUCGAAAACCACACUUCGAACUUGUGUAUCAAACAGACCAUUUUGAAAAUGCUUGCUGUUUCCUCAUAGAUUAUGUCAUGUUUUUGGCUGAGACAACUCAGGUGUUUACUUGUAAUUUUUAUGGACCGGUAGACACCCACUCAAUUUUUCUGUUGGUAUGCCCAUACCAUUCAACACAAAAGCUUAUUUUUGUAUAUACAUAAAUGAACUACUUCACUCAUAUUGUAAUUAAUUAUAUCAUAUUUAAUAGAAAACUGGAAACACUGGGCAGUUACUUUAAAUUCAGACAGUCAUACACAGCAGUAGCAUCACCUGAAACUGGUAUAAAAACUUAAUUUCUCUCUAAUAUUCUAUGGAUCCUUUUAUUUGGUUAAUGUUCCCAGAAUGAAUAAAAUAAACACUAAGUUAAGAAUCAAAGUGGUGACACCGAUCUCGUACGCUGUUCAUAGGCUUUCCUUUUCAUAGGGUUCUCGUGUCUGAUGUGUUUUCAUCUUGUUCUUUUUGAAUGAAAAGAGCAACAACUCUGAAUGGGCAUGUCAUUUAAUAUGUCCCCCGCUGGGGUUAUCUGUCCUUGGGUUGAAGGGUUGGAAAUCGUGCCAAAUGGGAUUACAUUGCCGGUGGACUUCCAGGGGAGGAGUACGGGGGAGGCCUUCGUGCAGUUUGCUUCACAGGAUAUAGCUGAAAAGGCUCUAAAGAAACACAAGGAAAGAAUAGGUCACAGGUGGGGAUGGAUGGUUGGCUGGUUAAGCUGCUUUUCUUAUGGUAUUCAUCUGUUGCCACAAUCAUCUUCUGUGGUAAUGACACAUGUCAAGAACCUGCACAUGCUACAAGGACAUUCAUACAUGUAUCCAUAUGAGAUCAUCCGUAGCCUCUUUGAAUUCAGAGAUGCACUUAUUUUUUUGCCAAAAAAUACUUUAGUGCUGAGUGAUUAUCCUGGACUCAGUUUUGAGUUUUUGAUUGACUUCCACUCAAGGUGGUCAGGAAACACCUUUUGUAGAUAGAUAAUUCACAAUAUAUGUCACUAAACUGGGUUGGGCACAAAUAACAUUGCUUUUCAUCUUCACACCAAUCCAAUAUGCUAGUUUUUAAUGUUAUUUAAAUGUGGCAUCUCAACCAAAAAAAUGCACUUUGAUAUCAUGGUAUUUUUUUCCCGUAGAAGGUACCAGUUUUCACUCGGCACUAAUCCACAGACCCUCCAUGUCACACAAUGUGUAACUGAGACCAAGUCUUCCUUGGGCCAUGGAUCCUGCAGUCACAAGGAAAGCUUUGGUUGUCUGGGGUCAAUGAUAGCAUUUCUACACUGACAUGUGUAAUUAUCUGGUUCUUUUGAGUGAUAGUUUAUUUUAAACAUCAACAGGAAAAUAGCUUUAUCAUUCCAGGGGCUAUGUAUGUUUGUCAUUAACCCUAAUAAGUAAAACAUUGAUGUUCAGUCAGUAAAAAUACAUAGUUUCAGAGGCAUCAAUUAGCUUAUAGAUACUAUGAUUGACGAUUGACAUGCAUGGCUGUGAGCAACAGGACGAACAUGCAACAGACCUAUGUCCUUAGUACUGGCAGAUUAUUUUUCCUUUUUUUCUCCAUGUACAGUAUUCGACUCAAUAGCCGUUAAACUUUUUGGGUCCGGGACCCUGUCCUAAUGCUUGUCUGUGUGCCUGUAGGUAUAUUGAGAUAUUCAAGAGCAGUGAUGCAGAGGUGCGGACGAAUUACGAGCCCCCACGCAAAACGAUGGGUGGCAUGCAGAGACCAGGCCCCUACGACAGGCCCGGUGGUGGUGGUGGCGGCGGCCGUGGCUACAACGGCAUGAGCCGCGGAGGCUCCUUCGACAGGAUGCGCCGUGGGGGCUACGGUGGAGGUGAGGCUGGUGAGAAUAAAGGCUAUUGUCAGUACUUUGUCCCUUCCAUGCUUCUCUCUAAAAAAACACUUUCUGGUUUCUGUUCUAUCUUAUUUGGAAAUCACAGGUGGGUGGUGAUGGGACAUAGCAGCAAGGGAAAACUGAAAAUGUUUAUUGAACGCAUUGUAUAUUAGAAUGCAAGGUUCGGGAACAAAACCAGAAAAUAAAUGUUUUUCAAGUAACGGAACCUGGAACCUAACCUGGAACGGAAGUGGUUCAUAUUGUUCCGGAACAGAAACGUUAUUUUAAAAGCUUAGGAACCUGUUAAAAAUUAAAUGUUACAUUCCAAAUACUUUUUUUCUAGUCCCACAACAAAGUGCCUAUGUAAAGCCCACACUGUCACUCAAACUUAUUCCGGUGUCUGCCUGCAAGCUGAAAAUGUUUGCCUGUGCAGGCAACCAGCCCCUCCCCCCUCCGAAGCAUAGGCUACUGUACAAGCUUGAUUCAGAAGAUGGGGAGAGAUUUUUAAUUAGGUAGAGAUAACUCGCAUUGAAGUUCAUCCAUUUAAGGAUACUAUAGAUCUAGUUAUCACGUUGGAAUUAAACAGGUAAGAUGUGUUUUUAAUUAUUGUACCAGUCUGCACACACAAACUUGUUAGCUAGCUAGCUCAAAGGUCAUUCAAAGUUCUUCCAUGGAAGCGGCUCCUCCUAGGUAUAAUCCUUUGGACCUAAUUCAGAUAAUGCCAUAACAAGAUGCCCAGCGCUUCAAGCUGCCUCAACCCUGUCUCGCUCUCUCCCCACCCGCAAAAGUUGUCCUAUCUUACGCCAUAGGCUGCACUUGUCUGUCCACCACACAUGUAAACAACUAGUUUGCCUGAUCAAUCCACACUGAUUGGUAAAGUAAUUUUAAUGGUAUAAAAAAAAAACUAUUGUAUUCACAGGUUUAAAAAAGGAAAUGUUAACCGGUUAUUUCGGGCGGGGUUGAACCAGUUCCAAACUUUAUUUUGCUGGUCAGAACAAUGGAACAAAACUUUUUUGGGGGAUUCUGUACAUUGUGAAACGAUUGGGAAAUAAUUUCGGUUCCAACCCCUGGUAGAAUGCAUACUGGAGUUGCUUUGAGUUGGUAUAUUUCUAAUAAUAUAAUAUAAUAUAAUAUGCCAUUUAGCAGACGCUUUUAUCCAAAGCGACUUACAGUCAUGCGUGCAUACAUUUUUGUGUAUGAUGUUUUCGUAGGUGAAACAAUUCAUAAGCUUUCUACCUCUGUCGACUUUCCUAACGACUAUAGGUUCAGAUCGUUAUGGCGAUGGUGGUUCAAGUUUUCAGAGUACGACCGGGCACUGUGUGCACAUGAGGGGGCUUCCUUACCGGGCAACAGAGACUGACAUCUACAGUGUGAGCACCAGCACUAGUUACAUAAUAUACACUCAUCCGUUGACGGUCACUGAUGGCAAGGUAAACUGGGAAUGCUAAUGGUCUCAAUUUUCUCCCAUGUAGUUUUUCUCGCCGUUGAACCCAGUGCGUGUGCACAUCGAGGUUGGUCCAGAUGGGAGGAUGACUGGAGAGGCUGAUGUGGAGUUUGCCACACAUGAGGAUGCUGUGGCAGCUAUGUCAAAGGAUAAAGCCAACAUGCGUGAGUCUGCAGUAAUUUGAUGGGGGGGGUCAUCACUUUUACAUGAUUUACUGUUCCUGUCUGGAUAGUUGCAUCCUAAAUCCUUUGUCUUUUAAUCCAAUGAAGAAGUUUGAGGUAACUCCGCCCUCUUUCUCUCUUCCUCAUCAGAGCACCGUUAUGUUGAGUUGUUCCUCAACUCAACAGCAGGGGGCAGUAAUGGAGGCUAUGGCGGUCAGAUGGGCGCUAUAGGUGAGUAUUUUCAGUUGGGAGUAGAUGAAGGUAUAAAAGUGGAUAUUCUGGGCCAAUGGGGGUAGAGUUCUCUGUGCAGAAUUUGGCAUUAAUUGGACAAACACCAUAUUGUUAAGUUAUUUUAUUUGAGAGUUCUAUUUUCCACAGCCAACCAAUCUUCCUAUGGAGGCAGCCAGCAGAUGAGCGCUGGUUACACGGGGGGCUACAGCAGCCAGUCCAGCAUGGGGGGGUACAAUGAUUACAGUAAGUGUCAGCUCUCUGCUGCCUGUCACAGGAGGGUUGUUACUAGGGCUGUUACGGUGACCUUAUUACUGCGGUCACGAGUCACGACCGCAGUCAAAUUCUACGUGACCGUUUAGUUACGGUAGCUAGGCUUCUCCAAGCUCUGCUGCUGGUCAUUACUAGCCUACUAAACUUGCUAACUGCCGGGUACUCAGCACUGUUGUCCUGCUAAUCACUCUGACAUCAAUGCAAAUGUUUUCGAAAACGUGUGCCACAUUUCUAUAGGUUAUGCAAUUGCGUGAGAACUGUUUUGAUGGCCUCUAUUAAAAAGAGGAUCUCAUCAGCUUUCUAUAGGCUAUUGAUCAACAUUCCUAAUAUUAAGCACAUUGCUUUACAACAGGAGUAUAGCCUACCUGGCUGGUAUGAAAAUGAACCAUGGGAAAAGCGUCCUCCAUUCAUUAUUUAAGUGCAUAGAUUACGUUUUUUUUUCUUUCCAUGUCCCUGUUCCAAGACGGGUGCAUGAAAAUGGUCCAUUUUAAAUGAACAAAUUUCACACGUAUAUUAUUUAGCAUACAGUACCAGUCAAAAGUUUGGACACACCUACUAAUUCAAGGAUUUUUCUUAAUUUUUUUAAAACUAUUUUCUACACUGUAGAAUAAUAGUGAAGACAUCAACUAUGAAAUAACAUAUGGAAUCAUGUAGUAACCAAAAAAAGUGUUGAACAAAUCAAAAUAUAUUUUAUAUUUGAGAUUCUUCAAAGUAGCUACCUUUUGCCUUGAUGACAGCUUUGCACACUCUUGGCAUUCUCUCAACCAGCUUCAUGAGGAAUGCUUUUCCAACAGUCUUGAAGGAGUUCCCACAUAUGCUGAGCACUUGUUGGCUGCUUUUUCUUCAGUCUGCGGUCCAACUCAUCCCAAACCAUCUCAAUUGGGUUGAGGUCGGAUGAUUGUGGAGGUUGAUGCAGCAUUCCAUUACUCUCAUUGGUCAAAUAGCAGUUACACAGCCUGGAGGUGUGUUUUGGGUCAUUGUCCUGUUGAAAAACAAAUUAUAGUCUCACUAAGCACACCAGAUGGGAUGGCGUAUCGCUGCAGAAUGCUGUGGUAGCCAUGCUGGUUAAGUGUUACCAGCAAAGCACCCCCACACCAUCAAACCUCUAUGCUUCACGGAGGGAACCACACAUUUGGAGAUCAUCCGUUCACCUACUCUGCGUCACAAAGACCCAGAAGUUAGAACCAGAAAUCUCAUAUUUGGACUCAUCAGACCAAAGGACCGAUUUCUACCGGUCUAAUGUCCAUUGCUCGUCUUUCCUGGCCCAAGCAACUCUUCUUUUUAUUGGUGUCCUUUAGUGUUUUUUUGUUGUUGCAGCAAUUCGACCAUGUAGGCCAGUUGAUGUUGAUUCACGCAGUCUCCUCUGAACAGUUGAUGUGUCUGUUACUUGAACUCUGUGAAGCAUUUAUUUGGGCUGCAACCUGAGGCUGGUAGCUCUAAUGAACUUAUCCUCUGCAGCGGAGGUAACUCUGGGUCUUCCUUUCCUGUGGCGGUCCUCAUGAGAGCCAGUUUCAUCAUAGCGCUUGAUGUUUUUUGCCACUGCACUUGAAGAAACUUUAAAAGUUCUUGACAUUUUCCGUAUUGACUGACCUUCAUGUCUUAAAGGAAUGGACUGUCGUUUCUCUUUGCUUAUUUGAGCUGUUCUUGCCAUAAUAUGGACUUGGUUUUUUACCAAAUAGGCCUAUGUUCUGUAUACCCCCCCUACCUUGUCACAACACAACUGAUUGGCUCAAAUGGUUGAGAGAAUGCCAUUAGUGUGCAAAGCUGUCAUUAAGGCAAAGGGUGGCUACUUUGAAGAAUCUCAAAUAUAAAAUAUAUUUUGAUUUGUUUAACACUUUUUAUUUGGUUACUACAUAAUUACAUAUGUGUUAUUUCACAGUUUUGAUUUCUUCACUAUUAUUCUACAAUGUAGGAAACAGUAAAAAUAAAGAGAAACCCUGGAAUGAGUAGGUGUGUCCAAACUUUUGACUGGUACUAUAUGUAAAGACAACAUUCAAUUAAGAAUAGUGUGAAUGGUGACAGUAUUAGCCUAUCACUUGUGAAUGAUGUAUUAUCACUUUUGAAUGAUGCCCAAUGUGUGCAGUAAGGCAAACAGCUCAUGCCUUUUUUUGCGACUUUCAAAUCAUAGUCACACGCAUCAUGCAUGUAGUCUAGUCCAUAGGCCUGUAUGUUUUGAUAAGGUUUAUCAGAACUAAAGUGGCCAAAUAACUUCUUAAAAUUAAGCACAUUAAUCUGUUUUACAGCCAGUGUGGAGCCUAACUGACAUACAUACAUACACAGCAUGUGAGUCAAGUUUGGGGAAGAUAAAUUUAACAAUAAAAAUGUACCUUUUAUAAUUAAGCAUUACAUGCAUAAUAGCAUUUGCGGUGACUUUAGAGAAGUGUUUUCCCGCCAAUUGAUUGCAUUUUGGAACAUUCGUGCUUACAGCCUACUGCCGUGUGUGUAUUGCUGGCUUAUAAUGUGAAGAAAUGGCCUAAUAGUUUAUAAACACUUUAAGCUAAACGUUCUGAUCUGUUGCAUCAGCCUCAUUGCUUUUAAAAGGUUUUUUAAUGCGUGUGGUUGUAUUAAUUUGGGUUCUAUCGCCAGCUGUUAAUGCUUGACAAUCACCGGCUGAAUACAUUUUAUGCCACCACAGCCCUAGUUGUUACAAACAUUAAGCCCUAGUUAAACUCCAUAACAGAUGAGAAUAACUCCUGGCACUACAUAGUUCACUAUUUGUAUCUCUUACCAAAAUACGUGGUCAUAUCGUUUGGAAAGUGGAGACAUCAUAGAACAUCAAUGUAAACAUUGACACCUUCCUGUUUUUGAGACAGCGUCCCGUUUGCUAUCAAAGAGAUUUGCGGUCGGUAAAUAACUGAAUUGUUUCGCCCUAUGGUUAACCAAGAAAAGUACCGCUGCUGUGUCAAUGUCUCUGACUUUGUCUCCCACCUUGUUUACAUUUGACCAUUGUGAUGUGCAUCCAUGCGUGUUGUUGCGUAGUUUUGUAUUGGAGAAGGUAAGCCUGCGUCGGUCCUAAUGUGGAUAUUUCUUUCUCCUGUUAGGUAAUCAGAGCGGGAUGAGCAGCAGUUACUAUGGCAGCAGCCGCGGCUCCAUGGGCAUGAACGGUAGCAUGGGAGCCGGAUGGGGCAUAUAAGAGUUCCAGGGGGGUGCUCCGCUGUUGGCAAAAUGUUUAUUUUUUUGAGAUGGUUACAGAUUUUGUACAGAUUGGGGUGGUUUAAUUCUAAUGUAUGAAAGAUGAGGGGAGGACACGUUUUUACCCCAGCCUUUCUUAAACUUAUCAUUGGAGCCAGUGUGUUAUGUUUUUGGUAUUGUGAAUGAGAUGGCAUGGGGUGACGGAUUUUGGUUCCACCCUAGUUAUACCUGUAGUUCAACUCUGAAUGACUGGAUGCUGUUUGUGAAGCCACGUGUGCUUUUGUAAAUAUGGUAAUCAUGACUGCUUGUAAUUACUCCUCGGUGUCUGCAACAAUGUUUUGCUCCUUUUUCAUGGUUCCUAUACACUUGGUUUGAGCCAGAGGGAUUUCUAUAAUAAAGAGCAUGUUGAAUUUGCCUCUUUUUAUAAACAGGAUAUUAUUUUUGUUGACUCACUACAAAUUGCUAACCGUUUUAAACAUUAAUGUCUCAACCCCGCUCACUGUUUUGAUUCUGCUAAUGAGAUCGUUAAUAAACAUUUAUUCACUGA